AGAGGGCGCUUUUUACUUGCCCCAUACACAUGCAUCCAAUAUCGAUGAUCUGGUAAUCUGCUGAUAUCGCCGAGUCACGUCAGGUUAGAAAAAAUGGCAAUAAGCAAGAUUGACGAAGACUGGCCUAAAUUUCAGCUGAAAGGGUCACGAUUUAAUCAGGAAACUUUCAGGGGCAGAUAUCGUCACUUUUUAGAUGUCACAGAUCCAAGAACCCUGUUUGUGUCUAAGAAACAACUAGAUGAUGCCGUCAAAUUAUUGGACCACUUUAAGAAUGGGACAUUACCGGAAGGAAUCACCAACAAACAACUCUGGGAGGCACAGAAGCUGAAACAGGCAGUUUUCCAUCCGGACACAGAGAAGAAGAUCUUCAUGCCGUUGAGGAUGUCAGGUUUUGUUCCCUUUGGUACAGUCUCCGUUGUUGGCAUGUUACUGCCAAACCCAACCCUGGCUUCAACUCUCUUCUGGCAGUGGAUAAAUCAGAGUCACAAUGCCUGUUUCAACUAUGCUAACCGUAAUGCCACAAAGGUGACACCUACAGAGCGUUUUGUAAUGGGAUAUGUUGGAGCAGUCACCAUUGCUUGUUCUAUCGCAGCAGGGUUGAGUAUCUUAUUGAAGAAAGCGACCAACUUUAGUCCUACCACCAGGAUGGUCAUACAGAGGUUUGUUCCAUUCCCAGCCGUCGCUUCAGCUAAUGUCUGCAAUGUGGUUCUGAUGAGAUUCACUGAAUUGUAUGACGGCAUCGAUGUUGUUGACUCUAAGGGAAAUGUAGUUGGAUCUUCCAAGAUUGCUGCAAAAAUGGCUUUGAAAGAAACAGCAGUAACCAGAAUAGCUAUGCCAGCUCCUAUCUUACUCAUUCCACCUGUCAUCAUGACUUUCAUUGAAAACAAGACUCAUUUCUUGAAGCGUUUUCCUCGCUUCCAUUUUCCUCUACAAGUCGUUGUUUGUACCAGUGCCUUUGCCUUUGCUCUGCCGUUGGCUAUCAGUCUCUUUCCACAGUUCUCAACGGUUUCAACCUCAAAGCUGGAACCUGAAAUCCAAGCAGCAACAUCGGAGAAGACAGUCAGUUACAACAAAGGGUUAUGAGGUACCUGACGUUACAUAAGGUAACAGUGAAGCAACUUGAGUUGUAGUCAGGUAAUGUGAUUUAUUCAUACAAAGCUACCUCAGUCACUGUCAUUUGAACAUAGACUAUAAAUCAAAAGCAGUAACUGUCGGGCAGUGUACAUUGGUGAAGCCUUGAACAUCAGAGUACCAACUCUUUGAAUCAUUGACCAAGUUUGAGUAUCAAAUGUCAAGGUUUUAGGGUGACACAAAUGUUCACAGUCCGUUAAAAUGGAACUUUUUUUGAUUUUUCUCAGUCUUUGUUGGCAAAGCAAGUAAUCAUGAGUGCUGAAUAAAAUUCCAAGUUUGAAAAGUGUGUCUAUCAAAGGUAAAUUGUAUUUCCGGUUUUCAUCUAGUUGUCAUUUUUAAUCAUAAUGCACAGUAUUGUCGUUCAUUUAAUCAUGAUUCCUGGGAAUGAUUUUGCCAUUCCUUGGGUUAAACCUUUCUCUGUAAUUAUUUAUUUUACUAUUAUUCUGUACUGUAUAAGUUACAAUGAUCUCAAAGUUAAUUCCGCCUUGCUCUGUUCCUAAGCAAGGCAUUUUACCAUGAUACCUGCUUCCAGACAGGAAUAUUGCAGGAAUCUGUGAAUGUAGAGUUUGCUUUUUGCAUAUUUGCAGUGCUUAUCAGUUUGGAACAUUCAGAUCUGGCUGAUAACAGUCCUCUAGAGUUUGGACUACGUCUGUUGUCACCACAUGCCUGGUUAGUUGCACUUGGGAAAGAGGUUGACCUAGAUGUAGACACUGUUGAUUCAGAUGUCGUCUGAGGAAGGCUACCUAACACAGUAGUAUUUGCUGCCAUUUUGGUUCUGCAUCAGUUAAUUCAGAUUAUCACCCACAUUAUGAUAAUUUUCAUAUACUCUGCAUUGUUAACAUUUUUAAAAACUUCAUUUGCACAUGGGAAUCAAAAGAGGUUGUUUCAAGGGUGCGCGGAUCUUCUU